UGAGAAACUGAAAUGUUAGUUUGAUCUACGAACUAGAAGACACAAGAUGUCAUGUGUGUAAAAUAAAUUUCACAAUUAAAUAUGAUAUUAGGAGACGGCAUAGUACUUGGUUCUUACUUCUUGAAAUAAAUAAAUAUGGUCAAUGACUAAGACAUGUAAUUCGUGGGGAAGUGUUAACAAAGAUUCAACGAGAAUGUGAUUUUAUAACGUGGUAAGCAGGCGAAAAUAGUCUGGUCCAUACUUAGGCAUUGAUUUUUAAAACACAAAGAUAAUAGUGGGGUUAACGCCAAAUUAACGAAAAGCGACAUAUGUACUUAAUCCAUUGUUUAAAACUUUGAAUACAUAAUUUGGUCCACACUACUUGAAUCUUUUGAGUCCGGCAGAACAUAUUUUGAUAAUAUUUAAAAUAUUUUUCGGGUUAAACAGCAUAGUUUGAUGUAAACACCCAUUUGGAUUGGGUUGUCAAUAUCACUUUCAAGAAAUAUAAAAAUGAAAUGUAUAACUUUUGUUUCUGACGCAUAAAAUGAAUGACGCUAAGAGGAUGCGUAAUCAGUUUAAGGUGUCAAAAACCUGAUCUACAUUGGAUUUCGUCAUAGUGAAAAGGGUUGGUUAAUAUUGGUUGCCACUAGAGAAUAUUCGUAAGUACUUAUUGUGUGGUAGUUAUCAUAGGAAUAUUCCUUUUUAAUCAACUUAUCAUAUACAUGAAACAAGUUUUGAUCAGUUAAAGAUUAUUCUGAAAAUAACUUUACUCGACCAUGUUUUAUUUACAUAGAAAAUACUAUAUUUCUGGUUCUAACAUCUUUUUCUAAUGAAUCUGCACGGUCAUUCAUUUCUAAACUUUUAUAGAUAUGUAUUAAACUCAAAAUUUCAGAACUAUUCUGCAAAAAAAAAAAAAAAAAAUCUGAGAUAAAAACUGGCUAGUCGAACGGGUUAAUAACUUUAGAUAUAACUUGAUUUUUAAUUAAAAUUAAAAAUUAUUUAUCUCACCUAAAAUCAUCUACAAUUCAAUUUAAACUCUCUCAAGUAUUGGAUUGAAUACAUCUUCUAUAAAAUAUGAUAUAUGCUUAAUGUAUGGUUGACAUAUAGCAUAAGAACACACCAAUGAAAUUAACAAUAAGUUAAUGAUUUAAUUAUAUAGUUAUAAUUAUAAUAUUAGUGGAUUUUAAAUAUAAAAUGAAUUCUACUUGUUAUGAUAAUAAAACAAGUUCUAAUGUUAAAUUUUCAGAGUAUAUGAAUAAAUAGUAUUAUAUAUCGAACCAUCGAUGUUCUAUAUAUAGAAAUUUAUUUAAGUAGGAAAGAUGAUAUCUACUUUGAACAUGAUGUUUCAGGUGUUGUUAGUCAUGGUUUUUUAGGGAUUUUUACCAUUGGUUUGAACAUGUUAUCUAUUUUAAAUUCCUCAGAUAAUCUCAAUCUCAAUGAGUGAAUCUUAUGGGUUAAUUAAUUAUGUCACGGCUUAGUAUAUACAUUUAUAAUUGAAAUUAUUCAUAUUGUGUUUUUAUUCUUUAAAAAAAGAUAUGUUAUAAUGAUGCUAAUAAAAUAUAACCCGAGUGGCGUUUAGAUUUAGCAAACUCAUUUAGAGACCAACGAGAGUUGUCAAACGUGCACAAUCACAUUAUCCACUAACCCACGAGAAGGUCCACCACUUUCCCUCCUUUUAUUGUUCUUGCAUAUCAAGAAACCAAACUAGUCGACCUAUAUAUAUAAUUUAUAAAUAUUUAAGAUAUGUAAUUUUUUUCCUUUUUUGCAUUUAGAUUUAUAUGCUAACAUAGUAUAUCUAUAACAUUUACACUAAAAACAUAGUAUAUCUAUUUAUUUAUUCUUAAACAUGGUAUAUCUAUUUAAACAAAACUAUAUAUAUCUUAUCACUUUCCUUAGAUUAUUACAAAAUGUAAAUGUAAACAAAAAUAUUAAAAUUCUUUAAAUUGUAUUUGUUUUUCGUUUGUAGAAAAUACUUGACAAAGGAAUGCUCUUAAACUUUAUCAACUGUGAAACAUAAUAUUUCACAUUUAGCAACGUAAAGAAAAAUAUUUCACAUAUAAAAGCAGGCAGACAUUUCUAAGAUCCAACAUCUCUUUACCUCAGGUAGAUGGCGUUCUGAAUCUUUCGAUCCAUUUUGUCUCCUAAUUGAAAAAGGUACAUAUAAUGUGAUAUGUCUAAGAACCGACACUAGUCAGUAUAAAGACAAUUAAUAUUACAAUUAAAACUAAAUAUAAGAAUUAAAAUAAAAACAAAAAAAAAGGAGAUAGGGACUAAAAUGAGCCACACCUACAACUUCCAUGAUCUUCUUCUCUCUAUCUUUGACUAUAUAAACGAGAGCAUAUCUUAUAACAAAAUCGUUUGCCAACAAACGUCUCAACUUACAUACACAUCUUCCUUUUGCAUACCCCCAACACUUCAAUGGAGAACUCCGUAAACAACAGCUUGAAACGAGUGAGAAUGAUACACGAAGAUGAAGAUCAAAAAGAAGAGAGUAGUUGGAUAAUCUACUUUGGAGACAUUGAUCAUGAAGAAGGCAGAGAAGAAACGAUUCAUUACUACGAUAGUGACUCUUCCAUGAUCUCCGACGCUGCUUCACCUGUUCACAUCACAAAGACUAAUAAUGUUGUUGGAAGAAAGGAUUAUAGCAUUACUAAAAACCCUAAAAAGAGACGAAUCAUUCAUCAACACAAAGAAGAAGAAAAACAAAAAAGAGAGGAGGAAGAAGAAGACACAGCCUCUUCUCCUUCUAAUAAAACCAAGGGUUUAAGUGUGUUGGAUGGUGCGGAGUAUAAGGCAAAACAUGGAAAAUCCGUGGACAAUGUUACAUCCGAGGUAAUAUUUCUAUGAGAAGCAGUUUGUUGCAUGCAAAAAGUAAAUUGAGGUUAAUAUUUCCAUUUUAACCUAAACUUGAUUUUUGCCUAACAAUAAAUGUUUAUCACGUGGGAACUAUAGGAGAGAGGAUGCUUAACAGACACAGUAUCAAAGAUAAAUGAAGAAUUCUUCUUAGCAGAAUUGAAGAAGAGAGGACUUUGUGUAGUUCCUUUAUCAAUGUUAUCCAACUUUAUUGGUUGAUGAUUCUUUUCAAACACAAGUUUUUAACUGUGAUUAUUAUUUUUAAUGUUCUGUUUCUUUGAUGUAAAAUCUUUACUAUUAUUGCAAAUUAAUGUACAGAAAAUCCAAAUCA